GUACCAAAGUAUUCAAAUUCACAAUGCAAAGAAAACUAUUUAUUAUAGUUUUCUUGGCUGUAUUGACUGAGUCCAUGAUACGUCCAAUUUCGUCUCGUAACUAUGAAGGGUGUGAGUGUGAGACCUCUGUGAAACCAUGUGAAGAAGAACCAACACCACCUGGUAAUGAGGAGGAAACUACCUCAAUCCCACCCAUAACAUCACCAUCAACUACCCAAUCCACUACAAGCCUUCCAUCAACAACAUCUCCGUAUAUUUGCAAUGUCCAAGGUUAUCAAUUCCGUGUGAAACGAAAAAAUGGAUUCUGGUGGUGUAUGUUUGCUUCUGUCCCAGUAUAUAGACCUGGUGAGAUGUCGUUAUCAUAUAGUAACGCUCAAUUAGCGUGUGCUUCUGAUGAUGGUUGGCCUGCAAUCAUAACAAGUAUUGAAUCAGAUGAAGAACUUGACGUUAUGUACGCCUUGAUUGAUUCGGUAACUGCACCACAUCUUCUAGUAAGACCAAUAACCGGAUUUUGGGUUAAUGUUACGCAAUAUCCAAAUCAGACAUACUACUGGAGUGAUGGCUCAGCAUCUGAACAAAUGGUUCCACAACCAGAAGUAAUAGCACCUGGUGGAAAAGCUCUUUACACGUUUGAUCCUGUUGCACGUGGAAGGGGAAUUGUCCGAAUCAUGGAACCUACGUUUGCAUCGAAAAACGUUUCCAUCCCGAUUCCAAAUGUGACCGUUUGUGGUUUUCAAGGAAUUCGAUACAAUUAGUCGCAAGGAUGACACGCAAAUUAGUCAUUCUAAGACUUUUGUUUCAUAAAGUUUUCAUUUCAAA